UGGGUUCACGAGGCGUGCCGGGGGUCAUGCGUCGCCACGUGUUUGCGUGGUCCACGUGCUUCGCAUCUUCUACCGCGAAUCUUUGAGUCGGUCGCUUGCAGCUUCGAACACACAAACGUGUUCUUUUGUUCCAACGUCUAACACAAAAUGCGUCUCGCGACGUGUAAUGUACAGCAGCGAUCUAUUUUGUCUUGUUUAUUUGACCGCUUUGCACAGCUGUGGAUGACAUAACAACACCGCGUCCUGUGCCACUGCGUGUAACACCCAUCGACUUACCGAGGGCUCGCGUGAGCCAGUAUUUAACCCUUCAUGUAACGAGACACAGACCUCCACACUUCAUCAGGCGCACGUUCAACCUCCAGCCAACGUGGCUCAAGAGAUUAAACAGCUGUACACUGUGCAACGGGAGAUUCUCAACCGAGUGCGCCCAGCGGAGAACCCGGCUGCGGUGUAAAUCCACCGUGACACCCGGAGAAGAGAAGCCACACAACUACAGGUGGAAGACGAGGAGACGGCGAGGGAUGAUGUUCGUUUUAUCCAAAGCGCAUCGCCGCCUGUGGCGUCUCUUCGCCUCGCCCACCUCUUCCUCCUCCUCCACGUGCGGUUACAGCAGCAGCAGAAAGAAGGUCGCCGCCUCUCCGUCUCGUUACGCGAGCGCCGAGACGGAACGGCUGCAGCUCGAGUACCAGGGCCUGGUGCAGGACCUCGUGAGCGCGAGAUGCGCACAGGGGAGCGCCUCCCCAACUCAGCGCCGAGCGUCUUCGAGGUCUCCCGUCAUUCGCUUUCGGUCACCUGUCGACGAGCAGCGGGAAGCGCCCGAGGUCCCCUUCCCGUUCCUCAACGACGAGCGUCAUCAAGAUGAGGGUGGUGAUGAUGAUGGUAAUGAGGAGGAGGUGGUGGUGGUGGCCCCGGCUCCUCUGCGGGUCGAGGGGCCGCGUGCGGGAGGUCUCGCGAGCGUGACGCGAGUCCUGCAGGACACCAUGCCCCUGCAGCAGCGCUACGUGCUCGAGAGGUGGAAGCGGCGCAUGGUUCUGGAGCUCGGCAAAGAGGGCUUUGACCGCUACUCGCUCGGCGUGCUCCGGCAGGGCCGCAAGCUGCACGCCGUCAUCCAAGAAGCCCUGACACAGCGCCUGUCGAACCCCGGCGCGGACCUGGAGCUGGCGCCGGUGGUGGAGGAAGCGGCGUUCGCGGGCGAGGAAGAGUCGAAGGAAGACGACGAGCUGCUGCGGGGCUACGCGCGGAGCGUGCAGCCCGUCCUGGCGGACCUGGGGCGUGUUCGCGCCGUCGAGGGGAAGGUGCAGCACGCGCGGCUCCAGUACAUGGGCCACAUCGACUGCCUGGCCGAGUACAGAGGCCAGCUCUGCCUGAUCGACUGGAAGACGUCCGAAAAGCCCAAGCCCAAGCUGCGAGACACGUACGACAACCCGCUGCAGGUGGUGGCCUACGCCGGGGCAGUCAAUUAUGACGCGAACUACGCCCCCCUGCAGGUGGAGAAGGGCAUGGUGGUGGUGGCUUACAGGGACGGCUCGCCGGCGCACACGCACCUGCUGGAUCCGCGGCUCUGCCUGGAGUACUGGCAGCGCUGGCUGCUGCGUCUGCAGGAGUUCCACUCCCGCGCGAGAGAGGGACAUCCGAAACGGACGAAGCUGUAAUGCAGGAGGAUUGUCCGCGCAUAGCCGUGUAUACGUGACAGGCUGUUGCGGCAAGUGCUAUCGGCGAGCACAGGUGCGCGCGCACACAAACGCACCGUUUGAGAAACCUGUCCAAUAUUUCAACUGUCACGCCUGGACAUUGAACCGAUGACGUUCUGUACUGCGAGUCCAGCGUUCUAACCUAUGUACAUAAAAACAUUUCGACAAAGGCUUGUACAAUAGCAGUCGCAAAUUAAACCCUACUGCCUUUGUACCCGUACAUGUGUACUUGAAUAUUUAGUAUUUUGUAUCUUCAAUGCUUUUUUUUAUGGAUUUAAGAAAGACGAGUGUCAUUUUGAACAAUCCAAGCAACUCAACUUGACGCCUUUGUAAAUGUUUGAAAUGGUCACGAAGUGGAGAGUUGUUUAAAUAAAAGAAAAUAAACGAUGUUUAAUACGAA